GCUAGUAAAGAAAGUAGCGUCAUUAGAGCGUCAUAUCAACUGAAGUUGUUGUGGGCACAUGGGAAAAAGGUACAAGGAACAAUAUUUGUUUUACCGGGCUGUUGACAGUUUACACGUGUAUGUUGUGAGGCAAAAUAUAUCUAGAGCGCUGACGCGAUCGUUUCAUAACAUUAUUUAGUGUAGUUGUUUUGAGCGCGUGACCGCAGAAGCUGCAUCAAUGUCGCGUGCCUAUAAAACAUUGCGCUUACAUUUAACCUGGCCACUGCUGAAACACUCAGCCAUUAUACCAAAAACAUGCUUCAGCUAUUCAAUAACCAGCCGCUGUGCUGUCAGCACUGGCUGUAAGCCUUUAACGAGAAGAAAGGAAAGGAAACCCAAACUACCUGCUGACUGGCAUACUCUCUCCUGGGAGGAGAGACUGGCUGAUACUGUGACUCCUCUGUGGAGAAUGAGUUAUGAGGACCAGCUCCAGUGGAAACAAGAGCAGCAACACAAGAUCUUACUUGAGAUGACAAAGCAACUAGCUCAGUAUUCAAUGCACCCUUUUUCAAAUGAUUUAAGUUUCCCCCUCCUUCCCAUAGUAGCCUCACCAGUGAGUGAUGGAUACCGCAACAAAUCAACUUUCUCUGUCAACGUAGGGGUAGAUGGGAAUCCAAAAACUGUUGGAUUUUAUAUCGGCAAUGGUAAAACAGGCAACAUUGUCUGUGUCCACGGUGACCAUCUCCUGAACAUGCCUUCAAAACACAAGAUGGUUGCAAGGCACUAUGAAGAUUUUAUACGCCUCUCACCACUCAAACCAUGCAUUUUACUUCACGAUGGUGGUCACUGGAGAGAAAUCACGAUAAGAACAAAUUCCGCUGGUCACACAAUGGCCAUAGUUUACUUCCAUCCUCAAACCCUAACGCCUGAGGAGAUAGCCGUCCAUAAAGCUGUUCUGGUGGAGUACUUCACACAAGGUCCCGGAGCAGUUUGUCAACUGUAUUCUCUGUACUUCCAGGAGACCACAAUGACCCGUUGCAGUCAUGAACAAUCCCCGUAUAAGCUUCUGCAUGGACAGCCCCAUAUCUUUGAGGAGGUUCUUGGCUUCAAGUUCCGCAUUUCUGCUGAUUCGUUCUUUCAGGUGAAUCGGGGAGCGGCGGAAGCUUUGUACAAGACUGUUGCGGAGCUGAAUCGGGCUUGUGUUGGAGGCACCCUGCUGGAUGUCUGCUGUGGUACUGGAGCCAUUGGCAUUUCGUUAUCACCACAGAUGGAGAGAGUCAUUGGCAUCGAGCUCCUUGAGCAGGCGGUUGAGGACGCCAAGUUUAAUGCAGCACUAAACGGAGUUCAUAAUUGUCAGUUUCUCUCAGGCAAAGCGGAAGUUGUUCUACCAAAUCUGAUGGCCACUUUGAAUUCUGAUGGCGGGCUGACAGCCGUGGUGAAUCCGUCCAGGGCUGGCCUACAUUAUCGAGUUGUCAGAGCCUUGAGGAACCACCUAGCCAUAAGAAGGCUUGUCUAUAUAUCAUGCAAACCUGAUGGGGAGGCAAUGAGGAACUUUAGAGACCUGUGCAGUUCAGACUAUAAGAGGAAGAUCACUGGAGAAGCCUUCAAACCAACUGUGGCCAUCCCUGUGGACCUGUUUCCACACACUACUCACUGUGAACUAGUGCUUGUGUUUGAGCGAUAGUAGCUGUUUUUGAGAAAGUAUGACUUUUUAUUCAUGACAGUUUUAUUCAUUAAAUGUCAAUGGAAAAUUUUCAAUGCAGUUUCUCUCUCUUUGAAUAUU